UUUUUUAUUAACACCAUUAGAUUUAAUUUUUAACAAUUACUUUCUUUCCAUUUAGUACAGGAAAUAUCAGAAAUGAAAGGAAAUUAUUCAAAAUUAUUAGAUGAAUUAAAUACUGUAACGUUUUCGGAGAAAAGAUUGAAGGAAAAGUACAACGAUUUGGAAGAAAAGUAUUUAGAAUUAGUCAAAAAUAAAGAAACCGAAAGUAAAUCAAAUAAUGAAUCAUAUUUACGUAUGGGUAACAUCACAACACAGUUGAAGGAAAAGUACAACGAUUUGGAAGAAAAGUAUUUAGAAUUAGUCAAAAAUAAAGAAACCCAAAGUAAAUCUAAUAUUGAAAUAAAUUUACAUAUGGAUAACAUCACAACACAAUUAUCUAAUUUAAUAGCUAACGAAGCCUACGAUAGGAAACCAUUAUUUGAUGUACGUGUUGAUCAGCUACCAGAAUUUAAAAAAGAACACUGCCAACCGGACUCUGAACCAACUGAUUGCAAAUCAGCUACCAAGUGCACACAUAAGAGCGGUUAUUACAAAAUAUAUUUACCUGGAAAUAAAGCAAAACAAAUUAUGGUAUUUUGUGAUAUGGAAAUUGCUGGCGGUAAUUGGAUGCACAUUUUAAGACGCAUUGAUGGUUCAGAAAAUUUUACACGCCCUUGGUCUGACUAUGUAAAUGGAUUUGGUAAUGUGGAGGGCGAAUAUUGGAUAGGGUUGCAGAAUUUAAAUGUUCUCACUAACAAAAAUGGUCGCCAGCAAUUAUAUGUUCAUUUCGAAAAUUCUCCAGGGUUGUCUUAUUAUGCCUUGUAUAAUAACUUUUUAGUAGGAGAUGCCACGCAAAUAUAUAAAUUAAAAUCUUUAGGCACAUAUGAAGGUACAGCAGUAGAUGGUAUGGCUUUUUAUGCGGGUCAAAAAUUUAGCACCUUCGAUUAUGAUAAUGAUGGAUCGAGCACUAGAGAUUGUGCCAGGGAGAAAAAUGGAGGUUGGUGGUUUAAUGAUUGUGGAUUUGCAGAACCUACAGGUAUAUAUGGAUCAGCCGGUGUAAGGUGGGAUAGUAAGGUGUCAGGUGUAUAUUUUUAUAAAAUCAUGUAUUUUAUGAUACGAAGUUUUUAAAAAUUUUAUAUAUGUAUGUUUCAACCAAAUUUAUUGAUAUCAUUUAGACCAAAAAUAAAAAUUUGUUGCGAAUAUUAAGCUAUAAAA